CUGGUUCUUGGAGAACCCUACCUUACCUUCUAUGAAGUUAUCAUUAAGCAAAAGCAAAAGCCCUCAGCGCUCACACUUUGUUAAAACUUAAAAAGACAGUUUUCUUUUUUUUACCACAUAAUCCUCAUUUAAGAGAGAGCUAAAGAAUUUCCUCACAGCACACUCAAUUCCUCCUUAAGAAUAUGUUCUUAGCUUGUUUGUGCACUCUUUUGUAUCCUCUAGAAUCUCAAUUUAAGCAAGAAUGUCUAUAUGAGGGCAACCAAUUUCAGUUCUAAAGGGCUGUCAGAAGUCGGAACAGACUGAACUCGAAUUACUCAUGAGAAAGUGUUGUUCUUGAGCGCACUCAUCUGCUAAAAUGUGUAGAGUUCUAUUUAAUGUGAAACGAAAGGAUGGUUUUGCAAUAAACCCAACUCCUCUACCACCUCCCCCAUCAAUCUCAACUCCUUACAAUAGUCUCAACUAUGAGAAAGAAUCAACCCCACCAUCAUCUUCUUUUAACAAAUUGAGUCCAGUGCUUCUUUUGGUUAUAGUAAUUUUUGCUGUUGUUUUCUUUGUUUCUGGUCUUCUUCAUUUACUUGUUAGAUUUCUCCUAAAGAGGGCAUCUUUUUCCCCAAUUUAUCAUUCCAAUAGGUACCCAGAAACCUCAGGGUCUCAUUCUCUACAAAGACAGCUUCAACAGCUCUUUCGCUUGCAUGAUUCAGGUCUAGACCAAGCUUUCAUUGAUGCUCUACCUGUGUUUUAUUACGAAGACAUCAUGGGUUUAAAGGAGCCAUUUGAUUGUGCAGUUUGUCUCUGUGAAUUCUCAGACCAAGAAAGGCUCAGGUUGCUUCCUCUGUGUAGUCAUGCUUUUCACAUUAACUGCAUAGAUACCUGGCUUCUCUCAAACUCAACUUGCCCUCUUUGUAGAGGGACCCUUUCGGGCUCUAGUCUUCCAAUGGAAAACCCACUGUUCAAUUUUGAUCUCUCAAGGGAAUUAUCAAAUGGAUUCUCUUGUGAAGAAGAGUGUGGAUCUGUCAAUUGUCAAAAAUCAGCUACCAUUGUGGAGGACAAAAGAGAUGGUGAAAAGAGGGUAUUUUCAGUGCGACUUGGCAAGUUCAGAACUUUGAAUGACGGGGAAGGUAUUGGAGAGAAACAACAUGGAGAGACCAGCAGGUGUAAUUUGGAUGCUAGGAGAUGUUACUCAAUGGGGACAGUUCAGUAUGUGGAAGGUGAAUCCAAUUUGCAAGUGGCCUUGUCUCAAGGUAAUCUUAACGGCAGAGGAAGAGAUAAUGGAUGCCCUUCAACUGACGGGGAUUUGGAAGACAAGAAAAUCAGAGGUAGGACAAGAGGCGAUAGUUUCUCAGUUUCCAAGAUUUGGCUGUGGUCUAAGAAGAGCAGAUUUCCAACUUCUUCAAGCAUUCAUAUGGAUAUGUCAUCUUCGUCUUCUGUUGCUGUAGGUUUACCAAUCAAUGAUCCCAGUACUGAAAUUGUAAGAGAUAUAUAAACUAUUCACUCACUAAACUAUUUUGCCCCUUCUUGAUUGAUCAAUUUGUACGUAUCUUCCUCCAUGUUAUGUACUAUUAAUUCAUUAUUUUAGCCGAGGAUGCCCAUUGAA